AUGUCUCUCUCUCCUCCGCGCUCCCCGCUCUCCCCCUCCCCUUUCUCUCUCUUCCCCCGUACGAAACCCUAGGCUCCGCCGCUCAAAACCCCGUCGCCGCCGCCGCCGUCCGGCGGCGCCCCAUGGCCCCGGCCUUCUCCUUCCCCGACGCCGAGGACCUUCCCGCCCGCAGAUCUGACGCCGCCGACGUCGCAGGCAACGUCUGGGACCUCGCCACCCUCCCCACGCCCCCCGCCGGCGGCGGCCGCGAGAUAUACAUCUACCGCAACACGUUCAACCUGGUCCCGCGCUCCAUCGGUGGCCGAGGCCUCAGGUCGCUCAAGUUCUUCGGCAACGAUGUGGAGGUGCUCCCCACGGACGCCAGCGGUGAGCUGGAUGGGCUUGAGAGCCUGCAGGUCAAGGUGUCGGCGCCCAGGGUCUCAGGGGCGCCGCUACGCCGGAUGCAGGCGCUCAAGGAGCUAGAGCUCUCAAUGGUGCCGCCCAGGCCGUCCUCGUGCUCCAUACUGGCCGAGGUUGCCGGGCUCAGGUGCCUUACCAAGCUGACCAUAUGCCACUUCUCGAUUAGGUACCUCCCUCCUGAGAUUGGCAACCUCAGGAAGCUCCAAGAACUUGACCUUUCUUUCAACAAACUGAAGAACUUGCCUAAUUGUAUAAUUGAGUUGAGUGCGCUGAAGUUCCUCAAAGUGACCAACAAUAAGUUGGUGGAUGUACCAUCAGGAAUCUCGUCUUUGAGAUGUCUUGAAAGCCUUGACUUAUCAAAUAACAGAUUGACUUCUCUUGGAUCGGUUAAACUAGUUUCUAUGCUUACCCUGCAGUAUUUAAACCUUCAGUUUAAUAGGCUCUCCCAUUCUUAUGUAAUUCCCUCAUGGAUAUGCUGUGACAUGAGGGGAAAUGGCGAAAAUGCUAUCAAGGGUGGCAAGCUGAAGUACUCAGGUGUAGGAAGCAUGAACAGUCUAGCAGAAUCUAGAACUUCAAGUCGUGCUUGCGACAUUGCCCUUUUAUGCUUGCAACCAGAAGCUUCCCCAAGUUUAAAACACCAUGCCCCACAGAAAAUGAAGAAGGGCUGGAGGAGACGCGAUUGUCUGCAACAACAAGCUCGCCAGGAGCGUCUAGAGUCAAGCAGGAGCAAGCUCAAUGAAAAAUACAUAGAUGAAAUGGCUGUGAACAUGGCUGAAGAUGAAUGCCCUUCUAGUUUACAUGACGAAGAAACUUCUGUACAGGAUUCGUUGAAAGAAACGAGUUCUAUAUCUGAAGAUGUUUCUUCGAUAGUCGAUGAUGACUUGGAUGGGCAUGCAAAAGAUAGUGGCAUGAUGUUACAAGACCACUAUGGUGAGGAGAAACCUGGAUUCAAUAUAAGAGUUCACCAUGAUGACAAUUCUUGUAUUAGUGCGGAGCCUACUUGUUUCAGCAGAGGCAGGAUCCGUAGUGUUGAAAAUGAACUAGAUGAUACUGCUUCAUCCACCCAUGAUGUUGUGGAGAUUGCUCAAGGGAACCCUUCAGUGGCAUCCAAGUUUGCUUCAAAAUCUAAAAGGCACCCUGAUGUGGACAACAAUCCUAAACCGAGCAAAUGUCCUCGAGCAAUUGAUGAACGCUCAAAACUUUCAUACAAGUACAGUGUGGAAUCAUUUUGCAGCAUAGAUGACCAUCUACCAGAUGGGUUUUAUGAUGCAGGCCGAGAUAUGCCCUUCAUGUCAUUAGAGGAGUAUGAAAGGAGUCUUGGGUUGUAUGCACGUGAAGUUAUUCUAUUGGACAGAGAACAAGAUGAAGAAUUGGAUGCAAUUGCUUCUUCAGCACAGUUACUGCUAUCUAAUUUGAGAAGGCCAAGCUCUUUCGAAAUGGAUGAAGAUCCAAGCCAUGAUUUACUGAGGGCAUCAGUGCUUGCUUUGUUUGUUUCUGACUGCUUUGGUGGUUGUGACCGAAGCGCCUCUCUUGGGAGAACCCGGAGAGCUAUUGUUAGGUUAAGGAAGGAACAGCCUUUUGUUUGUACUUGUUCUGCUGGAAACAUGUGUGACAACAAUGAAGCUUCUAAGCAGACCAAUACCCUUUCUGGGAGCUUUGAUUUUACUAGUCUGUGUAAUAGAUCAAUACAUAUCAUUAAGGAAAGAAGAAAUUCGGGUAUCGUACCUAUAGGGGCACUGCAGUUUGGUGUUUGUAGGCACCGAGCUGUCCUAAUGAAGUAUUUGUGCGACCGGGCGGAUCCUCCAAUUCCUUGCGAGCUUGUGCGGGGUCAUCUUGAUUACACCCCUCAUGCUUGGAAUGUUGUUCCUGUUAGGAAAUGGAACGGCUGGGUAAGAAUGAUUGUUGAUGCUUGUUACCCCACCAACAUAAAGGAAGAGACCGAUCCAGAGUACUUUUGCAGGUAUGUACCGCUCAGUCGACUUCAGAUUGCACUUGAUGAUGAGGGCUAUACUCCUCGGUGUUCUUUCCCAUCUGUCUCAUCAUGCAAAGAAAUCGAAGUUACAGCUUCUAGUACGGUCUAUCACUGCAAAAUUGGUGCUGUUGAUGCUGCAGCAAAGAUACGAUAUCUAGAUACUCGCAAUGCCUCAAAUGAUGAAGUUAAACUUUUUGAAUACAAGCUUCUGGGGGAAGUAAGAAUGCUGGGUGCAUUAAGGAAGCACAGAUCCAUAGUGGGCAUAUAUGGGCACCAACUUUCGUCUAAAUGGGUUCAAGUUGAUGGUGAUAAAGAAUACAGGAUAUUGCAGUCUAUAAUUUUAAUGGAGUAUGUAAAUGGAGGUUCUCUCAAGGGCUAUUUGACAAAGCUACUGAAGGAGGGCAAGAAGUGUGUACCCAUUGAUCUGGCGUUUUACAUUGCUCGGGAAGUUUCUUGUGCAUUAUUGGAGAUGCACAAGAAGCUCAUUAUUCACCGGGACAUAAAAAGUGAGAAUGUUUUGGUUGAUUUGGAUUCUAAGAGGAAUGCUGGCACACCCAUUGUCAAACUCUCUGAUUUUGACAGAUCAGUCCCUUUACAUUCUUUGUCCCAUACAUGCUGUAUAUCUCACCUUGGUACACAUCCACCCAAUGUUUGUGUUGGGACACCUUGUUGGAUGGCUCCAGAGGUUCUUAAGGCCAUGCAUGAAAAACACCAUUAUGGACUGGAAGUAGAUAUCUGGUCAUUUGGAUGUUUUUUAUUGGAGAUGCUUACACUUCGGAUUCCCUACCAUGGACUUCCUGACUCGGAAAUAUAUGAUCUCAUAAUGAGGAAGAAACAAAGGCCAAGGCUAUCUCAGGAAUUAGAAGCAUUCUGGACAAUGGACGAGCCGGUUACGAGGCUGAAGUUAGGGAUCACAUCUGAUGCUCAUGCAGAUAAACUGAGACAUCUGAUAGAUCUCUUCUACCAGUGUACAAGAGGGAAUGCAUCCAAGCGCCCCAAAGCUGAGCAAAUUUACAACUCACUGUGCUCCUUACCCACAUGUUAUGACAUGAGGUGAAUCUUUGGAUCUUGAACCAAAAACUACUGAAUGAUGUAGUGAAGCAGAGCAACAAACCGGGCAAGUCAAGGUGGGUGGUUUCAGCAAGGCGUGAGAUCUUGCCAACUUAAGCGGUUUAAGCUCAAAACAUCACAAUGGCCCUUUCACUGCUCGGUUAGUUGGUCUUCAGGUGGCGCCGUGGUGGCCAGGCAGAACAUGAGGUGCGGGACCAAGGCAGUGACUUUGGUCGCCAGUGCUCCUCCUGAGUCUAAGUCAGUUUUGUAGCUGCACGGCAUCUGGGUUCACCUGUUGUAAUAGUCAUCAUGUAUUUGUAUGUGUCACGUCAUCCAUUUUUUGGUUCUCAUUAUUGCCAUCAUCAUUUGAUGGGUUUUAAGUUAUUAAUUUAGGCCCAAGGCAUUUGUCUGCUAGACUGAUGCAUGUGCAUUUCUAUUUAUCUUUGUACACAACUGAGUCCAUCGGUGACGUAUCGUCCGUGUAUGUAACCAUAUACUGCUGAGCUGUUCUACUGUUUCGUGUGGUCAUUUAUGCCGAUUUUCACCAGCCAUUUUCGGCAUCAGCUUUUCGGGAA